GGCUUCCUCUCUCUCUAUAUAUCUCACUACGAAAAGUUCAAUACUCUCUCCGCUAGGGUUUUUUUCGCUCUCAAUUUUUUUUACCACCAAUCUCUCGAAGUUUCGCUGGAUUCGUAGGGGAAAUCUCAGAUACAUCUUCCGUCGGAUUUUCGAUAGCAAUGCCGCUUCCGACGAAAUCAAUCAGGCCUGCUCAGGAAGGCGCCGCCGCCGUGAAUUAUUCGGAGGAGAUGGUUACACCCUCCAACAACCUAUGGGUUGGGAAUCUGGCGCCGGACGUCACCGAUUCCGAUCUCAUGGAACUCUUCGCCCAAUACGGCGCACUCGAUAGCGUGACCUCGUAUUCCGCUCGCAGUUACGCGUUCGUGUUUUUCAAGCGCGUCGAAGAUGCCAAGGCCGCCAAGAACGCUCUGCAAGGGUUCUCUCUUCGUGGAAAUUCCUUGAAGAUUGAGUUUGCUAGACCGGCAAAGCCAUCUAAACAGCUUUGGGUGGGUGGUAUUAGCCCAGCUGUUACAAAGGAAGAAUUGGAAGCUGAAUUUCGUAAAUUUGGUAAAAUUGAGGAUUUUAGGUUCUUCAGAGACCGAAAUACUGCUUGUGUUGAAUUUUUCAAUUUGGACGAUGCUACUCAAGCAAUGAAAAUCAUGAAUGGGAAACGUAUAGGUGGGGAGCAUAUCCGUGUCGAUUUCCUACGGUCACAUUCUACAAAAAAAGAUCAAUUGCUUGAUUAUGGGCAGUUUCAAGGGAAAAGCUUGGGUCCUGCUGAUUCCUAUUCUGGACAGAAAAGACCACUGUAUUCACAACCUUCAAUGGGGAGGAAGGGUGAUGGUCAACCUAGUAAUAUUUUGUGGAUUGGUUAUCCUCCUGCUGUUCAGAUUGACGAGCAAAUGCUCCACAAUGCCAUGAUUUUAUUUGGUGAAAUUGAGAGAAUCAAGAGCUUUCCUUCAAGGAAUUUUUCGUUUGUUGAAUUUAGAAGUGUUGAUGAAGCUCGACGUGCGAAAGAGGGCCUUCAAGGACGCCUUUUUAAUGAUCCUCGAAUUACAAUUAUGUAUUCAAGCAGUGACCAGGUACCUGGCAAAGAUUACCCCGGCUUUUAUCCUGGAACUAACGGGCCAACACCUGAUGUAUUCCUGAAUGAGCAUCCAUUUCGACCAUUACAAAUGGAUGUAUUUGGUCAUAAUCGUCCCAUGGUUCCAAACAAUUUUCCUGGACAGUUACCACCUAGUGGUAUUAUUGGACCCAACGUACCAAUGCGGCCUUUUGGUCCUCAAGGUGGUCUCGAAUCCCUUUCUGGUCCUGAGUUUAAUGAGAUUGGUACACACGACAAAUUUCAGGAUAGUAGCUCCAAGAGUAAGAUGGGUCCAAACUGGAAGAGGCCAUCUCCUCCUGCACCAGGGAUGUUUUCUUCACCUGCAACGGGUAUUAGGCUUCCUAAAAGAUCAGCGUCUGGUGCAUGGGAUGUACUUGACAUAAACCAGUUUGCAAGAGAUUCUAAACGUUCAAGGGUAGAUGGUACUUUGCCUGCAGAUGAUGUUCCAUUUCCUUUAAGGAAUAUAGAUGAUCGUGGGUUAGCUAUAGAACAAACAUAUGGAAUCGAUCCAGUCAUUGAUGGUGGUGGUUCUGGUCCAUUUGUAAACAUUCAAGGAAAGAAUCACCUUGGUCCAAUGAAUACACAGAUUACUGCUGGAGUACAUGGUUCUGUCCAACCUGAUACUGAUCAUAUAUGGCGUGGAAUUAUUGCAAAAGGGGGAACUCCUGUUUGUCGUGCUAGAUGCGUCCCUAUUGGGAAAGGGAUUGGGUCAGAGCUUCCUGAUGUUGUUGAUUGCUCAGCUAGGACGGGGUUGGAUAUACUCACAAAACAUUAUGCUGAUGCAAUUGGUUUUGAUAUUGUUUUCUUUCUGCCUGAUAGUGAAGAUGAUUUUGCCUCAUACACUGAAUUCCUACGCUACCUUAGUGCAAAAAAUCGUGCUGGUGUAGCCAAAUUUGGUGAUAACACCACCUUAUUCCUUGUACCCCCUUCUGAUUUCCUGACAAAAGUUUUGAAAAUCACUGGACCUGAACGUCUAUAUGGUGUGGUUCUUAAGUUUACGCCAGUGCCAAGUAGUGAACCCAUGCAACAAUCACCGCAUUUGCCUAUACCAUCAACUCAGUAUAUGCAGCAGAUUCCUCCUUCGCAGGCUGAAUAUGGUUUGAUUCCUGUAAAGGAGGAACAGGCUUUACCAAUGGAUUAUAACAGAAUGUUGCGUGAUGAUUCUAAGCUUCCUGCUAAACCGGGCUAUCCAGAUACAGGUGGGGCCCCUUCAGUUCAGUGUGUGCCUCCUGAUUAUGCUCCUAAUACCACUACUGUGUCCCAAGCGGGAGUUGCUUUAACACCUGAGCUUAUUGCAACUUUAGCUUCUUUACUCCCUUCGACUACACAAUCAUCUGCCAGUGAUGGUGCCAUGUCAGCAGUAGGCUCCUCAACUAUGAAGCCUCCAUUUCCUCCUGUGGCACCUAAUGAUGGAAACCAAUCUCAUUUGUGGAAACAAAAUCAUCAAAUUGCAGAUCAUUCCAUUCAUCCUCCUCAACAGUUGGGGGGCAUGUAUAGCUUUCACACUGCUCACUAUCAGCCUUAUCCACCAGCAUCUGCUCCUGGCCACACUGCUCAAAUGGUCUCUGGCAGUUCUCAUAUGCAAGACCAUGCUGCCAACCUACAACAGCAAGGUGCUGUUUCAUCCAGACACGUGUCUAAUUUCGUGAUACCUACUCAAAGUGGACAAGUAGCUGUAUCUCCCCAUCUCAGUGAUCAUUAUCAGGUCGAAGUCUCCCCCAACACUCAGAAAGGCUUUGGAGUGGUUCAGGGAUCAAAUGCUUCUGUUUUAUACAAUUCUCAGGCAUUCCAGCAACCUAACAACAAUUCUCAGGCUUUCCAGCAACCUAACAACAAUUCUCAGGCUUUCCAGCAACCUAAUAAUAAUUCUAUUGGCUUAUCUAAUCAAGUUAACAAUGUUAAUCCUUCUCAGCAACAAACUGUCAUGCCAUAUGCAGUGGACCAAGUAAACUCAGACCCUCCCAAUCAUCAGCAACUUCCUGUCUUUGGAGUUGGUCAAGGCACAUCAGAAGUGGAGGCUGAUAAGAACCAGAGAUACCAGUCAACAUUACAGUUUGCUGCCAAUCUUCUCCAACAAAUACAGCAGCAGCAGCAAACCCAAGGAGGACAUGGGCCAGGAAUUCAACAAUGAGAAUUGUUUUCUGUAAUGGCUGUGCUUAGAGAGAUGCAUGUGUGCUUGCGACCGAGGUGACGACGACUUUACCAGCGUUCGACAGUUAUUUCUAUUAAUUAUUUCGAAGAACUCGCUUUUUUUUUUUUUUUUGGUACAACUUACUGUCCUAACAUCUUUGCUCUCUACGAACUACAAAGGUGUAAGGUUGUUUUUUUGUUGUUUCUUUUUGUUGAAUGUACAUAACAAUUUUCAUCGAAUAUCUUGUUCCAA